AUGAGAAGGUAAUUAUUAUUUAUGCAAAUAUUGCAACUCUGAGCCCUGUAACUCAGUUGUUGCUAUUGCUCAAAGGGUUUACAUGAUGUGCAGCCUUUAACUCUGUUGUUGGUCUCUCACAGAUACAACGGUCCCAACCUGGUUCUGAAGUACGACAAGCAGAGGAAGAGACUGGUCAACAUCGCUGUUGACAACCGUAGCUCCCCUUUCUACGCUCUGAGAGAUCGCCAAGGCAACGCCAUCGGAGUGACAGCCUGCGACAUUGAUGGAGACGGAAGAGAGGAGAUCUAUGUGCUCAAUACCAACAACGCCUUCUCAGGUACACACACACACAGAGAGAUGCAUGCACAUGUUUAAGCAUACAUUCAUACACAUACACCCGCACACGCACUAACACGCACACACACAAGUAUACACACACAUACACACGGAUCACGUCCUCUCAUCUCUCUGCAGACACUAACACAGAAGGGAGGAUCAAUAUAGCAGAGAUAAACAUUUCUAAUCACAGACUUCAUCAGGUAACAGAUAAGGACUUUGUGUCGCUAUAAAUCUUCUGAGAGUUUAUAGGACUGACUGCCAAAAGUACAAUAUCACAGCUUUAUCAUUUUCUCUUUACUUUUUCUACCCCCAAAAUGGUUGUAUAGGAUUUUAGAUGUUUUAUCUUAAUUUAAAUCUAAAAUAUUUCCUCUCCUCUCCUCUCCUCUCCUCUCCUCUCCUCUCCUCUCCUCUCCUCUCCUCUCCUCUCCUCUCCUCUCCUCUCCUCUCCUCUCCUCUCCUCUCCUCUCCUCUCCUCUCCUCUCCUCUCCUCUCCUCUCCUCUCUUCUUUCUCUCCUCUCCUCUCCUGAAGGUCGCGCCACCUACUCUGAUAAGCUCUUUAAGUUCCGUAAUGGCCGGUUUGAAGAUCUGUUAAACGACGACAUUAACGAACACCGUGAUGUAGCCAACCGCUUGGCUGGACGAUCUGUAGCCUGCAUAGACCGAAAGGUACAGGAGCUACACACGCAUAGCACCUGCACACACACACACACACACACACACACACACACACACACACACACACACACACACACACACAUGCACGCACAGACUGAGAAACACAUUCACACUGCAGAACUCACUAUACACAGCUCUCUCUAAACAGAUUGUCUUUCUAUGUCAGUUUCUGUCUUUUACACCCCAUUACUAACCUCUUACAGUGGGGAAAAAAAGUAUUUAGUCAGCCACCAAUUGUGCAAGUCCUCCCACUUAAAAAGAUGAGAGAGGCCUGUAAUUUUCAUCAUAGGUACACGUCAACUAUGACAGACAAAAUGAGGAAAGAAAAUCCAGAAAAUCACAUUGUAGGAUUUUUAAUGAAUUGCAAAUUAUGGUGGAAAAUAAGCAUUUGGUCAAUAACAAAAGUUUCUCAAUACUUUGUUAUAUACCCUUUGUUGGCAAUGACACACGUCAAACGUUUUCUGUAAGUCUUCACAAGGUUUUCACACACUGUUGCUGGUAUUUUGGCCCAUUCCUCCAUGCAGAUCUCCUCUAGAGCAGUGAUGUUUUGGGGCUGUCACUGGGCAACACGGAUUUUCAACUCCCUCCAAAUAUUUUCUAUGGGGUUGAGAUCUGGAGACUGGCUAGGCCACUCCAGGACCUUGAAAUGCUUCUUAUGAAGCCACUCCUUCGUUGCCCGGGCGGUGUGUUUGGGAUCAUUGUCAUGCUGAAAGACCCAGCCACGUUUCAUCUUCAAUGCCCUUGCUGAUGGAAGGAGGUUUUCACUCAAAAUCUCAUGAUACAUGGCCCCAUUCAUUCUUUCCUUUACACGGAUCAGUCGUCCUGGUCCCUUUGCAGAAAAACAGCCCCAAAGCAUGAUGUUUCCACCCCCAUGCUUCACAGUAGGUAUGGUGUUCUUUGGAUGCAACUCAGCAUUCUUUGUCCUCCAAACACGACGAGUUGAGUUUUUACCAAAAAGUUCUAUUUUGGUUUCAUCUGACCAUAUGACAUUCUCCCAAUCCUCUUCUGGAUCAUCCAAAUGUACUCUAGCAAACUUCAGACGGGCCUGGACAUGUACUGGCUUAAACAGGGGGACACGUCUGGCACUGCAGGAUUUGAGUCCCUGGUGGCGUAGUGUGUUACUGAUGGUAGACUUUGUCACUUUGGUCCCAGCUCUCUGCAGGUCAUUCACUAGGUCCCCCCGUGUGGUUCUGGGAUUUUUGCUCACCGUUCUUGUGAUCAUUUUGACCCCACGGGUUGAGAUCUUGCGUGGAGCCCCAGAUCGAGGGAGAUUAUCAGUGGUCUUGUAUGUCUUACAUUUCCUAAUAAUUGCUCCCACAGUUGAUUUCUUCAAACCAAGCUGCUUACCUAUUGCAAAUUCAGUCUUCCCAGCCUGGUGCAGGUCUACAAUUUUGUUUCUGGUGUCCUUUGACAGCUCUUUGGUCUUGGCCAUAGUGGAGUUUGGAGUGUGACUGUUUGAGGUUGUGGACAGGUGUCUUUUAUACUGAUAACAAGUUCAAACGGGUGCCAUUAGUACAGGUAACGAGUGGAGGACAGAGGAGCCUCUUAAAGAAGAAGUUACAGGUCUGUGAGAGCCAGAAAUCUUGCUUGUUUGUAGGUGACCAAAUACUUAUUUUCCACCAUAAUUUGCAAAUAAAUUCAUAAAAAAUCCUACAAUGUGAUUUUCUGGAUUUUCUUUUCUCAAUUUGUCUGUCAUAGUUGACGUGUACCUAUGAUGAAAAUUACGGGCCUCUCUCAUCUUUUUAAGUGGGAGAACUUGCACAAUUGGUGGCUGACUAAAUACUUUUUUUCCCCACUGUAUCUCAUUUGAGCAUAUCAACAAUAACUCAGGCUCUCUGUUUGUCUCUUCUCCAAGCCCAUAUUAUGGUGUGGGUUUUAUGUUUGUGUGUGUUUCUGUGUGUGUGUGUGUUUGUGUGACUGUAUGUGCGUAGUCAUAAUUCAUGCUUGCUGUGUGUCCCGCCCUCCUCAGUGUGUGUUAUGACAGUUCAUUAGAAGAGAGAUGUGGUGUUCCGUCUCCUCUUUUGCUCAGUGCACCGCUGUAAUUACAAAACAAUGUGCUCGUUCAUUCUACAGACAGACAUACAAGGGGAGAAAUGAUGUCUACACACAUUUAUACGCACAGACAUGCAUACACACAAAAUACAAACACACAGACAAACACACACAUUUAAACGAACACACAUGCAUGCACGCAUGACACACACACACACACACACAGUAAGAUAAAGUGGCAAUGGAUGUCCAGUGUAUGGGCCAAAUGGAGAUCGGCAGACCAGCAUAUUUCUGUAAUCAUGACUGCAGUCCUCUCUACACCCCCCUUCCCCCCUCGCUCUCUCGCUCUCUCUGUGUCAGGUUGAGGGAUAAAGCUGUUACCCAGUGAGGUACAGUACGGACAGUAUUAGAAUCGAUUUUCUGACUGCAGUCUCAUCUGACUGGGCAUGGGAGAGGAGCCAAACCCAUAGGAAAGAGAUCUCCUUUUAAUAUGACAGUACCUUUAGAAUGGUCCAAACUCUUAGUCUCCUUGAGUGUUUGUAUUGUGUGUGCGUACUGUGUGUAUGUGUGUGUUUGCGCACGGGCGUGUGUGUGUGUGUGUUUAUUUCAUGAGAUGGAUGAGAGAAUAAAGCAUUUUCCUUUAGCUGUAAAAAUCCACCUCUCCUAUACUUUCUGAGAUUACCUUCUUAUUCUCCCAUCCACAGUUGGAGUUAAGUUAA